UAUGGAUUCUGUAUCAGAAGACUAUGUGAAUUUUCAACCCGGUGGUGUACAUAAAAAAAUAACUGAUAAAAAUGAUCAUACUUUGGACGUUCAACAAGAAGAAAAAACUGGAAAAUGGACUUCUGUUCGUAAAUUCGUAAUCGGUGCACGUCAUCAAUUGAAUACUACACAAAUGCUGAGAUUAUCUAGUAUAUUCUCUAUAUUAGCUCAAAAUCAAUUUAAUGUUAUUACAGCCGGUGAUAUCUUGCAUAUUAUGAGAGCAUUAGGUGAUGCGUUAACUGAAGCAGAGUUGCAUGAUUUAAUCUUUGAAGUGGAUAUAGAUCGCGAUGGAAAAUUAGAUUUUUCAGAAUUAUGCAUUUUUGUUAUUGAACGAAUAUAUAAGAAGAAGUUAAAUCGUGAUCUUGAAGAAUUAUUUCAGAUAUUAGAUCAAGAUGGUGACGGUAAAUUAUCAAAAGAUGAUAUACGUAAUAUUUUACGUUAUUUCGAGCUUGACUUCAGUGAAGAAAUAGUUGGUGAUAUUUUGAAGAAAAUAAAUGGAUCUGAUAGUAAUUAUAUCACAUAUACAGUAGCCCAUAUACCAAUAGAGAUCGAUCAAUUCGGUCCAAUCAGCGACAGGGUAAUACAAACAAUAACACUAAAAUUCUACCUGUCGCAUAAGAAGUGAUUGUCGUGCCUUGGUGGUCUAAUGGAUAACGCUCUGGUGUUUGAAGUGAUCGGUUCCGAAUCCGAAUCCCAGUGGAAACAACAUCACUCACUGAGAGGCAGGUACAUCCGGUUGACAAGUCCGAAAUAGGAUGAAAUGGGCAUCCUGGAUUCCACUGCUAGCCACUAUCCAUCAUUGUUAUAUAAUAUAUAUGAGUUUAUGCAUGAAGUCAUCAUUGCUGCUGUUUUACCUUGUCAAAUAGAUACUGUCGACUAUCAUUUAUG